CUAUUCACAAAACGCAGUGCUUUGCUCUAUACUCCAAACUCUCUCUCUUUUCUCAUUUCUCGCUAUUGCCACUCAUUUUUUCAUCACCAUCAACGCUUAUUGAUUCAGCCAUUGCAGCAUUCGCUUCGCUAUCGCGUUUCUCUCUCAGAAUUUUGGUGCGACGAAAUGGAUCCUGAAAAUCCGAAAUCAGAUGUAGAAAUGGACAGUGCUUUUGACGAUGAAGGUGAACCGGCCCUUACAAUCGGCGAGUACCUUGACGAAGUUGAGGAACGGGAGCUGGAAGCUGAUUUAGUUUUGGGAGGUGAUGAUGGCAAGGAGUGUACCUAUAGCAAAGGUUACAUGAAAAGGCAGGCAAUUUUCUCUUGCAUCACCUGCACCCCUGAUGGGAAUGCUGGAGUUUGUACUGCUUGCUCAUUGUCUUGCCACGAUGGUCAUCAGAUUGUGGAACUAUGGACAAAAAGAAACUUCAGGUGUGAUUGUGGAAAUUCAAAGUUUGGUGAAUUUUACUGCAAGAUUUCCCCAAAUAAAGAUGUUGAGAAUGUUGAGAAUUUGUACAAUCACAACUUUAAAGGUUCAUAUUGCACAUGUGGCCGCCCUUAUCCAGAUCCAGAUGCUGAAGAGCAAAUAGAGAUGAUACAGUGUUGUCUGUGUGAGGACUGGUUUCACGAGGAGCAUCUUGGUCUUGAAUCUUCUGAUGAGAUUCCCAGAGAUGAUGAAGGUGAGCCGCUUUAUGAAGAUUUCAUAUGUAAGGCAUGCUCUGAAGUAUGUUUCUUUCUGAAAUUAUAUCCUGAAGUAAUAUGGGUGGCUGGGAAGCAGCCAAAUGCUACUGUUCAAGUUAGUAGCAAGGACAAGGGUAUUUUGGAAGACAAGCCUUCAACUUGUGGGUCUGAAAAGCCAUUGGGUGAUACUUCAUAUAAUUCUCCUAAAAUUGAUGAGGCAAAAGCUUCUGUUGAUUCUGAAUCUAUAUCUGAUGGGAAGGUUCUGCCUCAGGGAGGAAGUUGUAAUAGCAGUACAGCUGUAAAUAAAUGCACAGAAGGCACCGAUCUGCAUGUUGAUUGUCUCCUUGGUGUGAACAUCAUUGCUGCUUCCCCAGUUAUACAUGGUAAACCACUGUUCCUUUCCAAGAGUUGGCGAGAUGCUCUAUGCAAAUGCAACAAUUGUGUGGCGUAUUACCAUCAGAAAAGGAUUGCUUUUCUACUUGACAAGGAUGACUCAAUUGUGGAGUAUGAGAAAAUGGCCAAGCAAAAAAGAGAAGAAAAGUUGCAGCAACAGGAGGGUGCUGAGUUAAGUUUCUUUAGUAAACUUGGACAUGUAGAGAAAGUCGAGAUCUUGAAGGGCAUUGAAGAGAUGAAGGAUGGACUUCGUACUUUCCUGGAGUCCGCUGACUCGUCCAAGCCAAUUACUGCUGCUGAUGUCCAUCAGUUUUUUGAUGACAUUAAGAAUAAGCGUCGCCGCGUACAGUGAGACUCUGUUGUGUUGGUAGUUUUUUUUUUUAUAAAAAAAGGCGUGUUGGUCUUAACUUUCAAACUGUCGAGUUUAUUUGUGUAGUCUGAUGUUCACAAGUUAAGAUAUUCACAUUACAAUGCUAUGCUUGUAUUAACUUUUUGACUUGGUGGACUCUGUACUUAGGCUCCUUUAAGUUAACUUACGUUUUACAGACACACUUCUUGACUUAUUCUUAAUGUUGAA